UAUUCAUGAGUAUAGAUGCAUAAUGAAACUUUGGUCAUUUCGAAAUUACUCCAAAACAAAACAAAAUAACAUAAUGGUAAUCAACCAAGAGUCAGAAUAGCGACACAUCAAUUAUAUAUGCAAGCGACACACCAUUUGCUCUAUAACUACUCACUAGUCGUUGGUUGCUACACACUUAUUGUAUGCUUAAAGCCCUUGGCCGUUGCACUCUUUUUAACAAACAUCGACCACCCGGAAACCGUCGUAGAAACAAAAUGGCCGAGAAGAGUAAGAUUCUGAUCAUUGGAGGAACUGGUUACAUCGGAAAAUUCAUCGUUGAGGCGAGCGCCAAAUAUGGCCAUCCUACUUUCCUCCUAGUCAGGGAAUCAACACUCUCCGAUCCUUCAAAAUCCGCUCUCAUCGACUCGUUUAAGAAAUCCGGCGUUCAUUUUGUCACUGGUGACUUGUAUGAUCAUGAGAGUCUUGUUAAGGCGAUAAAGCAGGUAGAUGUUGUGAUCUCGACGGUAGGUCACCUACAACUUGGUGAUCAAGGUAAUAUUAUUGCCGCGAUCAAAGAAGCUGGUAACGUCAAGAAAUUCUACCCGUCAGAGUUUGGAAAUGAUGUGGACCGUACACACGCCGUGGAGCCGGCCAAAACAGCUUUUGCAACCAAGGCUGGGAUUCGUCGUGCCAUUGAAGCUGAAAAUAUCCCUCAUACCUACAUUUCUUCCAAUUGUUUCGCCGGUUAUUUCCUUCCAACAUUGGCGCAACCAGGUGUCACCGCUCCGCCGAGGGAUAAGGUUGUGAUAUUAGGUGAUGGAAACGCAAAAGCUGUUUACAAUGAUGAACAUGACAUUGGAACAUACACCAUUAAAACUGUGGAUGAUCCAAGAACACUCAACAAGAUCGUGUAUAUCAAGCCUCCUGCUAACAUCUACUCGUUCAAUGAACUCAUAUCGUUGUGGGAGAAAAAGAUCGGAAAAACAUUGGAGAAGGUUUAUCUUUCUGAAGAUCAAGUUUUGAAGAACAUACAAGAAUCUCCGGUUCCAUUGAAUGUGGUGUUAUCAAUCUCUCAUUCGAUCCUUGUGAAGGGAGAUCAAACAAACUUUGAGAUCAAGCCAUCAUUUGGGGUGGAAGCUUCUGCACUUUAUCCUGAUGUGAAAUACACUACGGUUGACGAGUAUCUCAACCGUUUCGUGUGACCAUGGUGGCCCGUGGAUGGCAUUCCGUUUCGUGUCAGCUAUAUACUUGUGUUUGUAUUGGGUUGGUUUUGGUUUCUACUUUUUAGAACUUACCAUAUGGAUAUGGUGGUGAAUAAUAAAGAGCGUGUGGUUUUGAUUGUUU